GAGCGGCGGGAUCAUUGAUGACGGCACGAUUGUUGUGAUACUAGCAGCGACGUUUUGGGGAAAGACAUGCCUCCUUGUCUCUCUGCCUGCGAACGCACGAUCGGGCCCGACUGAUGAAAAGGCAGACUUUGGGGUGUGCUGCACAACAAAUCUGGUAGAGGAAAUAUGGAAACCAUCGGCGAGAUCAUCCCAUUCGCUAAGGAGGUGCUGAACCAGAGGCCCAAGUGGGGCAUGGUGAAGAUCUACACGCUCGGGUCCACCCUGGCGAUGCUCGGAGUGGUCAGUGGACUGGUGGAAUUGGUUUUCCUGCCGUUUGUGGAGCAGCAGACUGCUUGGGACGCACCAGUGGAGCCCAUCAGGGAGAAGAGGCAGGAAAAGCAGCAGGUGUCCAAGUCACACGUCACACGCCUUGAAGUCGUGGAUGCGCUGGAGACGGUGGUGAUCAAGGCCAAACAUCUGGUGUCCGAUGGGCAGAGAAGUUCAGUCAACCGCUUGUACUCUUCUUAAAGAAACUCUUUUCCCCUGAUGUAAAUGGACACAGCAGUUACAAUGUUUAGUGGCAAUGGUGGUGACUUAAUCACCAUGACAAAUUGUUCCUUUUGUACCAACGGUUCUGUUUUACAUUUGGUCAACAAUGCAAUUUCCCCCUUUUGAUUGGCAAAAACAUUAAAUGAAGAUGUGUCGAUACACAGAAAACUGUGAGGUACAGUGAAGUUUGGCUGGUGGGGAGCAGACACUUGUAGAUGUGAUGCGAUGAAUGUGUCGGCAAAAAAUGGAGUGUGUGUAUUUGAAUUCAUUUUGAACUUGAAUAAACGGAUUUUUCGGCUA